GCAUGGAUGCUCACACCACUCACAUUGUUGCAAGAAAGAACACUUCGCUUUCAUUCACCUCAAAUGAGCUCAUGGAUCAUUUUCCCUUCGCUUGGUUACCCAUGGACCCCUUCACAGCCAUGGCGCUCAGCGGUACCCUCUCACCCUCAUUCUCUACCACAUCUACCAAUGAUACCAUGUACAACCUUAACCCAGCGUUGUAUGCAUCCCUCGUGCCACCAAUAAGGAAACCUGCAACCCCGACCACACUAGAGGUAGGGAGGCAAUGCAAGGAGGAGGAGGAUGCAUCCAUUCGUCUGGUGCACCUGCUUAUCACUUGCACCAGUGCCAUUGAGACUGGUGACUACUCGAUCGCACAAGGAAACUUGUCUGAGGCACGCAAGAUUCUUGGGGAAAUCCCAACUUCGACCGGGAUUGGCCGUGUUGGGAAACACUUCAUCGACGCACUAGUUCAACGCCUCUUCCCGGCAUAUCCGCACGCAGCACCACCUUCUCCAUCUCCUUCUACAUCGAUCGAUCUGCACAACAAUUUUUAUGAUGCAGGUCCCUACCUAAAGUUCGCCUACUCCACUGCCAACCAAGCAAUCCUCAAAGCAAUCAAAGGAUACAACCAUGUACACAUAAUUGACUUUUCCCUGAUGCAAGGUCUCCAGUGGCCGGCACUCAUGGAUGUCUUCUCCGCCCGUGAGGGUGGGCCACCAAAGCUCCGAAUCACAGGCAUUGGCCCGAACCCAAUAGGUGGCCGUGACGAGCUCCAUGAAGUGGGAAUUCGCCUCGCCAAGUAUGCACACUCGGUGGGUAUCGACUUCACUUUCCAGGGAGUCUGUGUCGAUCAGCUUGAUAGGUUGUGCGAUUGGAUGCUUCUCAAACCAAUCAAAGGAGAGGCAGUUGCCAUAAACUCCAUCCUACAGCUCCAUCGCCUCCUCGUUGACCCAGAUGCAAACCCAGUGGUGCCCGCACCAAUAGAUAUCCUCCUCAAAUUGGUCAUCAAGAUAAACCCCAUGAUCUUCACGGUGGUUGAGCAUGAGGCAGAUCACAACAGACCACCACUACUAGAGAGGUUCACUAAUGCCCUCUUCCACUAUGCGACCAUGUUUGACUCUUUGGAGGCCAUGCAUCGUUGUACCAGUGGUAGAGACAUCACCGACUCACUCACAGAGGUGUACCUUCGAGGUGAGAUUUUUGACAUUGUCUGCGGCGAGGGCAGUGCACGCACCGAACGUCAUGAGUUGUUUGGUCACUGGAGGGAGAGGCUCACCUAUGCUGGGCUAACUCAAGUGUGGUUCGACCCCGAUGAGGUUGACACGCUAAAAGACCAGUUGAUCCAUGUGACAUCCUUAUCUGGCUCUGGGUUCAACAUCCUAGUGUGUGAUGGCAGCCUUGCACUAGCGUGGCAUAAUCGCCCGUUAUAUGUGGCAACAGCUUGGUGUGUGACAGGAGGAAAUGCUGCCAGUUCCAUGGUUGGCAACAUCUGUAAGGGUACAAAUGAUAGUAGAAGAAAGGAAAACCGUAAUGGACCCAUGGAGUAGCAGGAAGAAUAACCAUGUCAUGAGCAAAUCGAUCAAGUAAUAAAAUGCACUGAUGACAUGCAUGGUGAUCUAAA